ACAUUUUAGAAAAUGAAAAUAGCAAUAGUACUAAAUAUUCAAGUAUACUUUUGUAUAUUUUUCGCUUUUUUGCAUACUGAAGGAACUCACAAUAAAAAAAAAAACGCUGAUAUAAUAAAUAAUUUUCUCCAUUUACCCGGUUGGAAAAAUAUAAAUGAUGUCGAAAGUAUUCAAUAUCGAUGCAAACGGCAUAAACUAAACGAGGUGAUUAAUCAAACUGUAACAGUAUACGAAUGUAAUAAUUUCAUACGUCAAUCAACGAUAUUCCUUGGAUGUUCUUAUGCUCAUGAUUUAAAUAUAAUAUUCUUUGUAUUAUUAAAUUUUCAUAAACAUUGUUGUCAGCUAUUAGUUACUGGAAACUGGUAUAAGAUGUACGAUUGUGCGGUCACACUAUUAACAAAUUGAUUGAAAUUAUUCCAGUAGCAAAAUUAAUGAAAGGAGCUCUACAUGCUAUAGAUAGUUAUCAUAAUAUUCCUAUGAUCAACAAAAUAAAAAACCGUUUUAUUUUGAGAAAAGUUCUAACAAAUCUUCAGGAAAAUGAAGAUUUAAACAAAUUGGUUUCUUUCAGUAUCAAUAUGGAUUCCAUCAAAAAUACAUUAUUGAGUAUUGAGGAAAUUCUAAGCAAUAGGAAAUGUGAACUUGAAGAAGAUUUAUCGUUUUGUGAACUAAAACCUUUUGAUUUGGAAUUAUUGUGGAAUUUAUGGAAUAUGGAAUUUGACACAUUAAAAUCUCAAGGAAUAUAUCAAGAAUUAUACAUAUUUCUUAAUGAUAAAAUCAAAGAUUUAAUUUUAACGACAAUCUGGAAAAAGUACAUUGAACUUGGAUUUAAAUUUGAUUUGAAUACAAGUCAGACAUUUUUACCUACUCCACCUACCAAUGACAAUCAAGAUUCCAUUCAAAAUCAUGAUCAUACCAAUGAGGUAGAUAUACUAGAAAAGAAUCAACAACAUGAUGUUUUGUGUGAAGAAAAAAAUGAUUCAAACUUACAAAUUGAAUAUACUGAUGAUAAUAGACCAUUUUAUAAAUUUAUUUAAGUUAAUUUUUGUGUGAUAAAUUUCUAUCCUGUUUCGUUAAUAUUUAAAAUAAU